UCCGUGGUACGCUCGCGGAUUGGCUGUAGUCUCAGAGCCUUUCCCUCUAGAGCGGGAGAUUUACGAUCUCGGUCGGGAGGGAAAGGAUUUGGAAUUCUCCCGCGCCUGGUGUGGUGCCGACUAGCCAUGGAGCGGUACCAGGAAGUAAGGACCCUCCUGAAGACCUGGGAGAAGGCAUUCUUUCAAGAACACAAAAGGAAACCCAACAAGAGUGAUGUGGAGUCAGCACCAGAGGAAACAAAAGAACUCUACCGAGAAUACCGAACCCUAAGAAAAAGCCAGGAGUCAGUAGGUCUUUCACAGCCCAGCAACUCAGGCCAGCAGGAUCCAGCAGUAGAACAGCAGACACCAGAACUGGAUUUCUGGGGUGCACAUCUGAACAGGAAUAUGACCAAGCCACCACUGCCCACCCAGACGGCCAUCCUCCAGGUGCCUUCACAGUGCUAUGGGAAGAAGCUUAAGUCUAACCUAAAAGCUGCCCUGCAGGUAGGACCCUCCUCAGGCCGGAUACCUCGGCUUCCAUGCAGACAGCAGCCAAAGACAUGCCCAUCACCCAAAUCUCAUUUGUCGGUUCCCUUUGCUCCACCAGAAGUCAUACCCAGUUCCUGUGAAGGAGAUGUUGUCAUGCUUAAGCCUUCCAUACCUACCUGGAGCUGUGGACCAAAGUUCAUUCCCCAGCUUGGGAAACUGAAGCAGUUACAACACACCCUGGGCCAGAGACUGAGCUCCCUGGAUCCUGGCUGGUUGCAGAGGUGCCAGGAUGAGGCCAAAGAGAAGCCAGAGAGGUUAGAACACUCCAGUUCCCUGAGCUCAUUAUCAGAGGUCCAAGAACCUUGUCCAGAAAAGAAAUGCACAGAAUCCCAGCACUCUGCUAAGACAGAUCUGAGAUCAGUCUUUAACGAUGGUGAUGGUUUCAGUGAUGCUUCACUGCCUGAGACCCUGACAACAAAGCCAGUCUUUGGCAGCCUCCCUGAGAAGGAAGAUGCCCCUUCAAUGAGUGAGGUCAGAACAUUGCAGAGAAAUCUCACUCAGAAGAGACAGAGGGAUGAAAGCCAAGAUAGAACUCUGAAGCACCAGAAAAUUGGUACCAAGAAGAAGAAGCUCAGGAGCGAGUCUGCACCAGAGUCUAAUGGGGAGCAUACCAGGGAGUCUGGGAGAGUGGCAGCUCUGGAGAUCCCCAAGGAAGACCUUCUGGGAGAAAUGGUCGUGGAGAGGAUGGCCAAGACUGUCACUGGGGCCAAAGCCCCCAGGACAUUCUCCAAGGCCAAUGGUAACUUUGUACGUCUCAACUUAAAGAAGAAAUGUUAUGCUAAGGGCUUUGUUCUGAGGGGUAAACACCUCCGUAAGCAGAUAUGGAAGAAGAAGUGGCAGAUGAAAGGCGAGCAGUUUGGGGGUGGCUGGUCCAGAGGUCGGGGUAAAGAAUCCUGCUUCAGAUGUGGAGGCGCUGGGCAUUGGGCUUCACAGUGCCCUGGAAGAGCUCUCACUUCUCACCAGUCUUCUGAGGAGGGAGACAGUAAGACCUUAGAAGAGCAGGAGGAGGAAGAGCCCCCCCUUCCCACGCUGGAGGAGGUGGCCCAGAGAGUCAGUUCUGCUGCCUGCAGGGUCCUUGAGAGUAAGAAGUGGAGCAGGCAAUCUCAGCCAGAAGAGCCAGUGCCCCCAAAGGGGCCUGAGUGCAAAGCCCCUGAGCUUCCCUCUGCCGUGGAGCCAUUGUAUGGCUUGGGGCCUUCUGGGCAAGUGGCAGAGACCCCAUUGGAGGUGUUUGAGACUCUGACUCGGUUUGGUUACCACACAUUCCGCCCUGGACAAGAGGCUGCCAUUAUGAGGAUCCUCUCUGGCCUUUCCACUCUGGUCGUGCUACCCACUGGCAUGGGAAAGUCCCUGUGCUAUCAACUCCCAGCCCUUCUUUAUGCCCAACGCAGCUGCUGCAUUACAUUGGUUGUGUCACCCCUGCUGUCACUUAUGGAUGACCAGGUGUCGGGAUUGCCCCCAGGGCUAAAAGCUGUCUGUGUUCACUCCAACAUGACCAGGAAGCAAAGAGAGACAGCCAUGGAGAAGGUGAUGACUGGCAAGGUGCAGGUGCUGCUGUUGUCCCCAGAGGCAGUGGUUGGGGCUGGGGGCUUCAGCUGCCUCCCACCUGCAGCCCGGCUGCCCCCUGUGGCAUUUGCCUGCAUCGAUGAGGCUCACUGCCUCUCCCAGUGGUCCCACAACUUCCGGCCCUGCUAUCUACGGCUUUGUAAGGUGUUGCGAGAGCGUCUGGGUGUGCGCUGCUUCCUGGGCCUUACAGCCACUGCCACCUGUGCUACUGCCAGGGAUGUGGGGGAGCACCUGGGAAUUCCAGAGGAAGCUAUCUUUGGGACACAUUUGGCUGCCAUCCCCCCCAAUCUACAUCUCUCAGUCUCCCUGGAUAGAGACAAGGACCAGGCCCUUGUAAGCCUGCUACAGGGAGAGCGGUUUAGAGAUUUAAGCUCCAUCAUUGUAUACUGUAACCGGAGGGAUGAAACUGUACGUGUGGCUGCCCUAAUCAGGACUUGUCUUCAGGAGUCUUGGCGCCUAGAACCUUCUAAGGACUCCCCAGGACCCAGAGGGCGCCUGCCAGAGGCUGUGGCAGAAGCAUAUCAUGCAGGCCUAUCAGCCUCAGAGCGUCGGCGAGUACAGAGGGCCUUCAUGCAAGGCCGGCUUCGGGUGGUGGUAGCCACAGUAGCAUUUGGAAUGGGACUGGAUCGGCCAGAUGUACGAGCUGUGCUGCACCAUGGGCUCCCUGGAAGCAUUGAGAGCUACGUGCAGGAGAUUGGGAGGGCUGGGCGGGAUGGGCUGCCUGCCCACUGCCACCUCUUCCUACAGCCUCAGGGAGAAGACCUUCGAGAGCUGCGCAGACACAUCUACGCUGACACUGUAGAUUACCUGACUCUUAAGAAACUGGUGCAGAGGCUGUUUCCCCCAUGCACCUGUUCAAAGCAGCUCCAACAGCCCCAAGUGAUGGAUGCUGAGGUGAAUGAUGGGGAGGCCCUGGAGAAAGAGAGCUCUACCCACUGCAGUCAAGAGAUGCAGGAAGUACCCAGCUCAGGAGGAGAGGGUGUGCAGGAGGCUGGUCCCCAGGAAGAAAGUGAGGUUCCUGCCAAUGUACUGAGAAUCUGCCCAGGCCAUGAACGUGCCUUCUCUGUUCAGCAGAUGGUGGAGACCUUGGACAUGCGGGAAGAGGCCAUUGAAACACUGCUCUGCUACCUGGAGCUCCACCCUAGAAGUUGGCUGAAGCUGCUGGCCCCAAUCUUCGCCAUUUGCCAUUUGAAAUGCUAUGGUGGGCCCCCACAGCUCCAGGCCUUGGCCAAGAGGUGCCCCGCUGUGGCUGUGGGCCUGGCUCAACAGCAGUCAGCCAAAGACAAAGGCAGGAGUUCCCUAGACUUCAACGUGGUGGAGCUGGCUGACUCCAUGGGCUGGGAAGCAGCCCUUGUACGGCGGACACUGAACCAACUGCAAUGGGAAGUGACUCCUGGAAAGGGAGCUCCUCGUCGUACAGGGGUCCUGGUGGAGUUUAGGGACCUGUCAUUCCACAUGCGAUCCCCAGGUCUGACAGCUUUUGAACAGGAUGAAAUUUGUGACUUUCUGCACCAGCGAAUCCAAGCUCGAGAAAAAGAAGCUCUGGCACAGCUACGGGCCACCUUCCAGGCCUUCCAAAGGGUGGCUUUCCCCAACUGUGGGCCCUGCAUGGAACAUGUAGAUGAAGAAAGGAGUGACCAACUGAAGGCCCUGCUUACCCGUUACUUUGAGGAGGGGACAGCAGCACUUUUUGAAGACCAAUUCAGAGAAGAGAGUGAGCAGAACCAUGACUUUGGUCAGGCCAGACUCCAAGACUGGGAGAGUUCAAUCUGUUCUGACAUCCGCCAUUUGCUAUCCAUCCGGCAGGAGGAGAAGUUCUCAGGCAGAGCUCUUGCCAGGAUCUUUCAUGGCAUUGGAAGCCCCUGUUACCCAGCAGAGGUUUAUGGAAAGGACCGUCGAUUCUGGCGGAAAUACCUGCACGUGAGCUUCCCCAGCCUCCUCCGCCUAGCCACAAGAGAGAUUCUUGCCUGGAAGUGAAUCUGAAAGGGUCUCAUCCCAUCAUUCCCAUCAGAUAGUUGCUGCCAUCCUCAGUGAGGAAGAGUGCUGGCUGAUCAGAUGCCCACCUCCUGCUUUCUGCCAGGAAAAAGGCACAUGGUACCAGACUGGAAACACACCCCAACUACCAUUUACUUUCUAAGAGGAGAAAGGACAAUCUUCAAAGCAGAAAAUUUAAAAACUCAAUAUUUUUAUUGAUACUAAAAAUAGAUUCCAGGGUCUAGCCUUGGUUUGGGGUGUGGGAAGCAGGACAUGAGACAGUGUUCUCUUCAUUUCCUUCCCCUGUUCAACCCAGGUUACUGGGAGCUAAGUCCAAGUACAGCAGGGCUACCAAGGAGAGGACAAGGAAGAGUGUGAAACAUAGCCCUAGGCCCAGCCCAUCUGCCAGGGCUCCAGCCCCUGUCGUCAGCAGCAACUUCCCCAGUAGUUCCAGUGUGGCCAGGAAGCUGUAGUGAGUAGACUAGGAAGAAGAGAGGGCAGAGCCUAAAGGGACCCCAACACUCUACAAUGCACCACAAUUUCCCCUAAAAAUGACCAUUCAUAGCAUGCAUCUCCCUUUCCCGCAUUGACAGUGCUCCCCUGAGUGCUGCAAGGGUCCCAGAAUAUAGAUGCUUCCCAGAGUGAGUCCUUUGCCAUUUGGGAGGAGCCUCAGCUGCCAUUUAUGCUAAGCCUUUGCCAUCUUUGGGAAGGAGCAGUCUCAUCUCCAUCCAGGCUCUAAUGGAGCCUGAUAAGGCUAGGGGACCCAACAUUACCCUCAACACACACCACCACCCUGCCAACUACCUGGAUUGUGCUGUGUGCUUGCUGGCUGCAGUGCAUCAUGAGAGCAAAGGUGAGAGUAGUCACAGUGCCACUCAGAAAGUGCUGGGGUCCGAGGCUCACCAGAGCAGCUCCUGAUGGGGUGAAAGUUCAGUGCCAGUCAACAGUCCCCUUCCGUCCUUCAGUGCCUCCCCAAAGUCUACCUCAAGGGACCCCGCCAUCUACAUAUCAGUUCCUUUCUGUAGCACCUCUACCUGUGCCAAGCCCCUGCAUUCCCCCUCACCUUUUAAAAGGCUCCCCAGGCUGGAGCUAGGGAAGCAGAAGAGCAGAGCCAUCUGGAAGGCUAGGGCCCCGAUACGCAGGCGGAGAAGAGGUUUCAGGAGAGGCAGAGGCUGCCUAGGCAGAGGGGAAGGGGGGAAGGCUCAAGGUCAGCCUUGGCCCAACUUCCCCUCUGUCCCUCCCCUCCAUGAUGCUUCUCUCACCUGUGCCUGGCAAGAAGGACACCACCCAGGGAAGAGCCAGCAAUAGAGAAGCCCACGGCCACCAUGCCGUUCCACAGUCCCACUUCUGCAGCUGACACCCCCUGGUCCAGCAGAAAGAGAGGGAACAUGCUGAUGGCACCCUGCUCACCUGGGCAUGGGACAGGCAUGGAACAAGGUUAGCUAAGCAAGGAAUCUCAAGCCUCCUCUCCAAAGAUGGGCCUUGGCACUUGUCUAGCCUCCUCCAGAAACCUUUCCCUCACUGCUAGAGAAUCUCAGAAUUUAGAUCAGAAGCCAAUCCCCUUGUUUUACAGAAUAAGCCCAAUGGCACACAGCUGCUUAGUGGCAGCAGCAGGAUCCAAACUCGGGUUCUCUGAUACCAAUCUAGUGCUCUUCAUUCUACCAUGUUUGUCUAUAUAAAAGGAAUCUCAAAACUGGUCAUCUAAUCAGGCCUGGAAAA